AAUCCAUAGUCCACUAGCCACAGAUAAUGCACGCCACCUCUGAUUCGACCUUUAUUCAUGCAAGACAUGUGGAAUUCAAACCACCCAAAUACUUAAGUGGACAACAAAACCAGCAGAAUGAAAUUUAUUGCUUCAUGAUUUUACAAUCUUUGGAAGGAUUGAUACAACCUUAGGUCCGCCCAGUAUGAGUGGGAGGCUCUUAUCAGCGAGGCUUCUGCCCGCGGCCCAACGUAUCAGCUCACAGUCUGCCAGACAUUUCCAUCACAAGGCGGUAUCAACCGCUGGCGGUCUUCUUAGAUCAGAAUCUGCCGUUCGUAUUGCAAGAGGAAGGAUAUGGCCAGCUGGACAUACAAGAUUCUCGAAUGCUGUAGUUGUUCGAAAUGCUUCAUUUGUUCGCAUUCUGCCAAACAUAUUGUUAAAGUUUGCAAGAAUACCUGCACUUUUCGCUGGAGUGACUGUCGGUGGUCUAGCAUAUAUUCAAUACCAGGCUACUCGUUAGUUUCCUCGUUCCCUUAUCUGAAGAUAGUACUAAUUUUACAUAUCUGCAGAGGCUGGUAAUUACGUUGCAGACAUCUUUAGUCAAACGACGAAUACUGUGUCUGGCGUAGCAGGCGGUUUGUUCGGCAGCGCAAAAGAUAUCGCGAGUCAAACACGACAAGGGUGGGAAAAAACAAAGGAGUCUGUUGAGUUACCAGAAUGGAUGCAAAAAGUAUUACGGAUUCAUGAGGAGAUUGGGGAAGGAAAUGGUGGAGGUGGGGGCGGGGGCCCUGGAGGGGAACCGCCUAAACAAAGUAGAGUGGGAGCUGCCGCUGCAGGAGGAAGUGCUGCCGCGUAUGGAUACGACCAAUAUGCGGAAGACGACAGGACUCCAGCAGUUGCUGCCCGGGAUGAUCAAAUGAUGGUUUUGACUAAGAAAAUGAUUGAGAUCAGAAGCAUAUUGCAAACUGUGGGGCAGUCGAACGCCCUUACUUUGCCCUCGAUCGUUGUUAUAGGUUCGCAAUCAUCGGGAAAAAGCUCUGUACUAGAGGCAAUCGUUGGACAUGAGUUCCUACCGAAGGGUUCGAAUAUGGUUACACGACGACCGAUAGAGUUGACCCUCGUCAACACCCCUGAUUCACAAGCGGAAUAUGGAGAGUUUCCUGCUCUUGGCCUGGGAAAGAUUACUGAUUUCUCACACAUCCAGAGGACGUUGACGGAAUUGAACUUGGCUGUUCCUGAUACGGAAUGUGUUUCUGAUGAUCCAAUCCAAUUGACCAUCUCGUCACCCCAUGUUCCCGACUUGUCCCUCAUCGAUCUACCAGGGUAUAUUCAAGUUGUUGGUGAAAAUCAGCCUUUGGAAUUGAAGCAAAAAAUCUCCGAUUUGUGCGACAAGUAUAUUCAGCCUCCUAAUGUCAUUCUUGCAAUUUCUGCUGCAGACGUGGAUUUAGCCAAUUCCACAGCUUUGAGGGCAAGCCGACGAGUUGACCCACGAGGUGAACGUACAAUCGGUGUUGUUACAAAGAUGGACCUUGUCGACCCUGCCAGAGGAGCCGCCAUCCUCAAUGACAGAAAAUACCCCUUAAGGCUCGGUUAUGUCGGUGUUGUAUCACGAGCACCGCAGCAAUCACAAACCAGAUCAUUGUUCAAAGCAGGAAGCGAAAGUAUCUCGGAAGCUAUCAUAAAAAAUGAACAUGCAUUCUUCUCGUCUCACCCAAUGGAGUAUGGGCCCGAUGCCGGAUUAAAUGUUGGCACGACAACUCUCCGUAAAAAACUUAUGCAUGUACUCGAACAAACCAUGGCGGCGAGCCUUCAAACUACUAGUGAUGCUAUUCAUCAAGACCUUGAGGAGGCUACUUAUGAGUUUAAGGUCCAAUACAAUGACCGCCCUCUGUCUGCAGAAUCUUACCUCGCCGAGAGUCUUGAUGCGUUUAAACAUUCUUUCAAAGAAUUUGCUGAAACUUUUGGGAGGCCACAAGUCCGCGAAAUGCUAAAAGAAGAGCUUGAUCAACGGGUAUUAGAUCUCUUAGCAGCUCGUUACUGGAACAGACCUAUCCAGGAUCUUUCACCCUCACCACCAGAACCCAACUCACUUGCUGAGCUCCCAACCGCUGAUCCUGACUCCCUCUUCUGGCACCGUAAACUUGAUGCCUCUACUUCCGCCCUCACCAAACUUGGUAUCGGUCGUCUUGCAACUCAAGUCGUGGCCAAUGCAAUCCAAGCUCAUAUUGACCGUCUCAUAUCUCAAUCAACCUUUGCGACCCAUCCAUUCGCUCGCCAAGCUAUCACCGAUGCUGCAGCUGGCAUCUUGAAUGAAAGGUUCUACAGUACGAGUGAUCAAGUUGAGAAUUGUAUCAAACCAUAUAAGUUCGAGAUUGAUGUUGAAGAUAGCGAAUGGUCACGAGGUCGAGAGAAUGUCACCUCUGUGUUGAAGAAUGAGCUCAAAGCUUGUGAAGAUGCGUCAAAGAACUUGGAGCAACAUGUUGGUGGAAGAAAGAAGCUGAGAGAUGUCAUGAGCUUUGUGGACAAAGCUAGAAAGGGCGAGAUAAUUGUUGAUGGCGAUGCCAGUGGUGCCGGUGGAUUCAGUUCCGCGUUAUUGCAAAAAGGUAUGCUCGCAUCUUUCUCUUAUGCCCGUUUUUAUAUCAGACACUAACAGGCCCACCAGGCCGUGAAGCAGUCUUCCUCCGCGACCGGGCCGCCCUUCUGGCCAUGCGUCUCAAGGCUCUCAAAUCAAGCCAAUGCGCCUCCCUCAAAAACAAAUAUUACUGCCCUGAAGUCUUCCUUGACGUCGUCGCCACUAAACUCACCUCUACGGCCGUUCUCUUCCUAAACGUCGAACUUCUCUCCGAGUUCUUCUAUCAGUUCCCUAGAGAAUUGGACCAGAGAUUAGGAAGAGGAUUAACCAAAGAAGAAGUGGAGAGAUUUGCAAGAGAGGAUAAGAAAGUUGAGAGACAUCUAGAGGUUAUUAGGAGAAAGGAGUUAUUGGAGUUAGUAUUAGGAAAGAUGGAGGGCCUGAGAGAUUUGCGCGAGUUAGAUAAUGGGGAAGCUAGGAGGCCACAGAGAGGAGCGAAGAACGGAAGAGGCAGUCAUGGAAAAGAAGGGGUAAGAGGACCGGGCGGAAAAGAAAACGGAAGGGGUGGAUGGAGUUUGUUUUAGUCGUUAGAAACUUUUGGGCCUUAAAUGGAGCGGGAGGUUGGAUUGAUGAACAAUUACAAGCAAGCAAGCGAGCGAGAGUAAACAAUUAUGAUUUCGGCGUUAAGGAAUGAUUGAAGAGGAAUAGUACGAAAAUAUUGUAUAUCCUUUUUUGGCUGGUCACACCGUGGUGGUAGCAUUGAAGAGAU